AUGGUGGAGAAGAAGGCGAAAAUUGUGAUUAUAGGCGCCGGAAUGGCGGGACUCACGGCGGCGAAUAAGCUCUUCAGUGCCCCCGGUACGGAGGAUUUGUUCGAUAUCUCCGUCGUGGAGGGCGGCGGAAGAAUCGGCGGCCGAAUCAACACGGUGGAGUUCAUGGGCCAGAAAAUAGAGAUGGGUGCCACGUGGAUCCACGGCAUCUGCGGCAGCCCAAUUCAUGAAAUCGCCGAUCAAAUCAACGCCCUUCAUUCUGACCAGCCAUGGGAGUUCAUGAACGGCUGGUCCGGCCACUCUACUACCGUCGCAGAAGGUGGCGUCGAGAUCUCGCCGGCCAUCAUCGACCCCGUUUCCUCUCUCUUCAAGAACCUCAUUGAUUUCUCUCAGGGAAAAAUCGCCGGCGACUCUGACUUUCUCCGGCAAGCAAAGUCCGACAAGCUCAGUAUCGGAGCUUAUCUCCGGCGAGGCCUUGAUUCGUACUUGAUUUCUGAAAAGGGCGAAAUCGAGUUCAAUGAGUGUAAAGGAUGGAACCAAAAAUCCCUCGAGGAAGCCAUUUUCGCCAUGUAUGAAAACAUCCAAAGAACUUACACCUCCGCCGGAGAGCUCUCGACGGUGGAUCUCGUUGCGGAAAGUGAGUACCAAGUGUUCCCCGGCGAUGAAAUCGCCAUCCCCAAAGGCUAUUCGACCGUAAUCCAAUCACUCGCCUCUGUUCUUCCUCCUGGUUUAGUCCAAUUGGGCAAAAAUGUCACCAAAAUCGAAUGGCACCCCGAACCAGACGCCCAGGAUGUUUCAACGCCGGUGAGAAUCCAUUUUUCCGACGGGUCCGACAUAUACGCCGAUCACGUAAUCGUCACCGUUUCACUCGGAGUCCUCAAGGCUGGAACUCAACAAGAAUCCGGUAUGUUUGAUCCGCCGUUGCCGUCGUUCAAAACAGAGGCGAUUUCCCGGCUCGGAUUUGGUGUCGUUAACAAGCUGUUUCUCCAGCUAGCUCCGACCACCAACGACGGCGAAGAAUUGAAGAGUACCAACAAAUCACCUCGCCUGAAUUUCGUUUUCCACCGGCCGGAUUCGGAAUUUCGACGGAAAAAAAUCCCAUGGUGGAUAAGAAAAACCAGUUUCCUCCGACCAAUCUACCAAAAUUCGUCAAUAUUAUUGUCCUGGUUCGCCGGAGAAGAAGCUCUUCACAUGGAAAAACUCAACGACGAAGAAGUCAUCAAUGGAGUUUCAACAACCAUCAGUAACUUCCAAAUUCCGAAUUCAGAAUCAGAUUGCAACGACUUCGAAGCAAAUUCGAAGGGGAGCGUUAAAUUCAGUAAAGUAUUGAAGAGCCAAUGGGGCAGCGAUCCUCUGUUUCAGGGUUCAUACUCAUACAUUGCAGUGGGAUCAAGCGGGGAAGAUUUGGACGCCAUGGCAGAGCCAUUACCAAGAACAGAGGAAUCUCCAAAAGCUCCAUUACUUCAGAUUCUGUUUGCAGGUGAAGCAACUCACAGAAGCCAUUAUUCCACAACACAUGGAGCUUAUUUCAGUGGCCUUAGAGAGGCCAAUAGGCUGCUUCACCAUUACAAUUGCAUUUGAAUUUUCUGAAGAAAAAAAAGUCUUUUGUUUUAUGUUCUAUAAUUAUCUAACUAUUAGAUGAAUAUG